CGCUGAAAGUCUAAUGUCAAUCUUCAUAGCCCACCUGAGUCAGAACUCCUGAGUCCUUUCUGGUCCUGUGAGUUAUGACCAGCCAUGACAGGAAGCAUCAGUUGCCAGCAUUGGUGAGCUGUGAGCUUCCCACCUUACUGCUUUGUCAGCCAGAUUUGGUUUGGAUUUUCUGGGUCCUGGAGCAUUGGUAGUAAUUACUACCAAUUACUACCAAUUACUACCAAUUACUGCCAUGUCUUCAGUGUGGGAGGAGGAGUUGGAAGAGCCCAGCCCGGUGCCCAGUGCCUUUAAAGAGAAAACCUUCCAUUCUCAAUAUACAGUGUUGAGGACCCUCGGCCAAGGGAACCAGGCAAAGGUCCUGCUGGCCCAACACCGCCUGUCGGGCACCCUUGUGGCCGUGAAAGUGCUUCUGAAAGAGAAGCAGUGGUGCAAGCCCGUGUUCUCCGAAGUUGACAUCAUGAUGAUGACUGAACAUCCAAACAUCAUCUCACUUCUACAAGUCAUUGAGACUGAAAAGCGAACAUACCUUGUUAUGGAGCUGGUACGGGGGCAGGAGUUGUUUCAAGUCAUCCAGGACACUGGUGGCCUGCUCGAGGAGGAGGCCCGGGAAAUAUUCAGACAAAUAGUUAGUGCGGUGGGCUACUGCCACGACAAUGGGAUAGUGCAUAGGGAUCUGAAACCUGAAAAUAUAAUGAUAACUGAGGCUGGAACGGUCAAAGUACUUGACUUUGGGUUCAGCACCCAAGUGAAGCCAGGGCAAAAACUGAGACAUCAUUGUGGGUCUCACGCAUAUGCUGCCCCGGAGCUUUAUCUCUUCGACAGUUAUGAUGGCCCCAAGGUCGACGUUUGGGCCUUGGGGGUGAUCUUAUACUGCAUGGUAGUAGGUUGUCUUCCAUUUGAUGCAGACAUUUUACACGAGCUUCAGUGGCAAAUUGUCAGAGGGGAGUAUUCCAUCCCUUGUCACCUGUCAAAAGAGUGCCAGGACCUCCUCAGGCUCCUACUGACAGCCAAUCCAAGACAUAGACCCACACUGGACGAAGUCGGAUCUCAUCCCUGGCUUAUGAAAGACCGAGAAGACUUACCAGAUGACUGGGAAGAGAUGGUCCCCAGACAGCCAGACCCAGCCAUAGUGCAAGCCAUGAAAGACCUUGGGUUUCACGCCAAAGAUACCAAAAAUUCCUUAAUUAACAGAAAAUUCAACGAGAGCAUGGCAACUUACUGUCUCCUUCACAGUCAGGCUCGACAGGAGCAUGGGCCCACAAGCCAGGCUCAGCCCAUAAAUCCAGGGGCCACACCGUUCCCCUCCCUUGAAGACCCUGCUACUUUCAACCUGGCACCAAGGAGGAGGGCAAGUGAGCCUAUGUGCAAACAGCUGUGGUCAUCCUCCGAUGAUGAGAUGUCUGAGUGGGACCAACAGGCAGGUCAAAGAGGUGGCAGAUGUGCAACUGGAUCUGCCAAUCCUCUUGGUGGCCCCGUGAGGAGGAUGCCAAUUGGGAGUCCAGCCCGCCAAUGUGCCAUAAGUGCUCCUUGCCUGAAGAAGCUAAAGGGCCAUGUGGACUAUGAUGAGUGGGACACGACAGAAAUAGAAAAUCUUGACUGA